AUAUAAUAAUAAUUUCAUUUCCCCCAAUUAGUCAGUCUGUCUUCCUCCCCAAGUUUCGUUUUGGGCUUUUAGCGAGAGACGACAGAGCAGAAAGAAGCAUUUGUCUUCUCCAGCCUUUGAAUCACUAUCACACCUCACCUUGUUUUAUUUUUCUAAGGUUAGGUUAGGUUAGGGUAGGCUUUUGGGGAUGAAUUAGGUGUAUAACUUGUGAGAGAGAGAGAGUGUUGAGAUUCAGAUUUCAAUGUCGGAGGGCAAUUCUCCGUCGAAAACGUUUCUCGGCGUCCGUUUCAUUCUCUUGGGAUUCGACCCCCUUCACGAGCAGAAGGUUCGAUCUAAGCUUGUGGGUUGUGGCGCGGUGGAUGUCGGCCACUAUUCCCUGAAUUGCAGUCAUGUGGUUGUGGAUAAAACUGUGUUUGAUGAUCCCAUAUGUGUUGCUGCCCGAAAUGACGGCAAAACACUUGUCACGGCUUUAUGGGUUCAUCACAGUUUUGAUGUCGGAGUGCCCGUUGAGUCUACUUCUAUUAUAUACAGACCUCUUAAAGAUUUGAAUGGUAUUCCGGAUGCCAAGAGUUUAAUUGUAUGCUUGACUGGAUAUCAGCGACAAGAUAGAGAUGACAUUAUGACAAUGGUGGGUUUAAUGGGUGCUCAAUUUUCUAAGCCCUUGGUGGCUAACAAAGUCACUCAUCUCAUAUGCUACAAAUUUGAGGGGGAGAAGUAUGAACUUGCCAAGAAAAUCCCAAAGAUAAAGCUGGUCAACCAUCGCUGGUUGGAAGAUUGCUUAAGGGAUUGGGCGCUCCUUCCUGAAGAUGAUUAUAACAAGAGUGGCUAUGAGAUGGAGAUGAUGGAAGCUGAGGCUAGAGAUUCAGAAGAUGAGGCUGAAAACACCAUUAUGAAGCAAUCUGGGGGGAGAAACAUGCAUAAGAGUCCUCUUAAUAUAAAAAGUCCCCCAGCAACAUCUGCGAUGCCUAAGUCAGAAGGAAACGUGCCUAAGGUUCCCAUGAAUUUUUAUAAUGCUAUGGACCAUGUAUUGAUUCCUCAGAAUGAGAAUAAAUUAGGUCAAGCCUCAAGCUUUUCUAGUGCUUAUGUUUCCAACGGAGUAAGCUGUCAGAAUGCAUGCAAAUUUAGGGAUGGUACAGAUGGUGAGCUAAAUGACCUACAUCACAGAACUCCAGAUCCUAAGGUGAGAGAUGAUUUGACAUCUAAUUUUGGAACUGCUGAAACGCCUGCUCAUUCUGCUAGGACCCUAAGCUACUCAAGGCAAACCCCAUUGAAGUCAACACUUCCACUGCACGUGGGAGAUAAAUCAAGCAAUGGAAGUGUGUCUUCUAAAGUACCCAUUUGCAAAUCAAAUGCCAAUUUUGGUUUAGCCUCUUAUACCUUUAAGGCAGAUCAAGAAAAUAACAAAAUUGACUCCAGUUGUGUUGAAGUCCCCUUAAAAGGAAUUCAUUCACAGAAUGGAGAAGAAUCAAGUGGUAUAUUGCCUCGGAAAAGGACGAUGGAUCUUUCUUAUGGUAGCUCCAAAUCACAGAAGAUGAAUCAUGAUGCAGAAGCAGGCAUUAUUUGUAGUCCUUCAUCAAGUGAUAAAUCUCCAAAAGUAAAGCCAACAUCUAUGGUUGAUGGUUCAUAUGAGACUACUAGCCAUUAUGUCAUCAGAAAUGAUGACCGCUCUCUGGAUAAGACUGGCAAUUUGAGUGCUGUAGAAAGCUCAUAUGCUGGUAUUUCACCAACCAAAUCAUCUACUGUUAUCCGGAAGCCAUUGGCAUGUGAUCUGCCUUUCUCUGCAACUGUGACCUCUGAGACAGCGGAAGAUGGAAAUGGCAACAAGAAAACACCUCUAACCACUUUUCAAAGAUUAAGAAAGUCCAGCUUAUCCAGCAAGCCUGGUAUUGUAGAUUGUGUUGUGGAAAAACUGACAUUUGCAGUCAGCAAAACAGUGGAACUGCAAAAUCAGCAUCAAGAUGUUGAGGGUCUGUCUUCAAAUAACAAAAAGUCAGUGACUAGUAAUUCCAACGACCCUGCUAGUUUGAACUUGCUUAAAGAUGGAAAUAAUCACUUAGAUACAAAAUCAGUAAGCAAGAGGAUGAUUUCCAAGAAGAUCCUGGUUUCUAGGCCUAAGUUAACUUCUGCUAACCAAAAGGGGUCUGUGUGCUUAGGUGAAGAUGCCUCUUUAAAUGAUACCACUUUUCAUUUAAAUUCAGGGGACCAUGAGAAAUCCCCUGGUGCUAUGAAGCUUGACAUGCUUUAUCCAGGUGCUGCUGCGGAACCCCCAAAGGAGGUGGAGGGAAAAGAUGUUACCAUGACUGCAGAUGUUGCUGAGAAUAAUGUUCAAUCUAUGGAUGAUGAAACUGAGGCUCCUGAGGAAGAAAGUGAACAUAAGUUAAAGAAUGUACUUCAUGAAGCAAAGGCUAUAGGGGUUCAAUCCACAAGUAAAUGUAUCACUACCAAAGAGAAAUCAGAAGGGAUGCAGCAGAUAUCGGAUCACUCUGAUGCCUGUGUUCAUGGUGAUGCAAUGGCCUCAGCAGAAAAUACAGAUGGAAAUGAACGAGAAACGACAGUUUCUGACAGGAUUUCCUUGCUGGUUGAGUCAAGCUCAGAAGGAGACGGUGUCAAAGGAAAGAAGAACAAAGGGAAAAAGCGUGAUUUGGGUAAAACCAAGUUUAAAGCUGUUCCUGCUGUGGCUGAUGUCAUGAAACCUAAGAAAUUUGUCUCUGAGGAAGAUACUCAGAAUGAGAAUAUUGGGGAGACACAGAAGGAACCGGAAAAAAUAGUAGGCAAAUCUAAGCGCCAUAGUGUGCCCAAAAAUAAGUUAGAGAACUCUUCCAAAAUGAAGGAAAACAGGCCAAUUGUUUGUGGGGAUCAAUCUGUAAGUACGGCCGAACAGCAGGCAGGAAAAUCAACGGAAGAUACUCAGAAUGAGAAUAUUGGGGAGACAGAGAAGGAACUGGAAAAAAUAGUAGGCAAAUCCAAGCGCAGUAGUGUGCCCAAAAAUAAGUUAGAGAACUCUUCCAAAAUGAAGGAAAACAGGCCGAUUGUUUGUGGUGAUCAAUCUGUAAGUACGGCCGAACAGCAGGCAGGAAAAUCAACGGUUAAAUCUAAUAUAACUCCAUUGAAGAUAAAUCAUUCAUCUGUAGAGAUCAGUCCUAAUUCUUCAAUACCAGAGGGGAAGGCUCCAAGCAACAUUAAAACUGAACCUGUAUGGUUUAUUUUGAGUGGGGCCAAAUUUCAAAGAAAGGACUUUCGGCAAGUUAUCAGGUGUUUGAAAGGAAGAUGUUGCCGUGAUUCUCAUCACUGGUCUUACCAGGCAACACACUUCAUAGCUCCAGGUCCAAUAAAGAGGACAGAGAAGUUUUUUGCUGCUACAGCAUCUGGAAGGUGGAUUCUUAGGAGUGAUUAUUUGGCAGCUAGUAAUCAGGCAGGAAGAUUUUUGGCAGAGGAACCUUAUGAAUGGCACCAGAAUGGCCUUAGUGAAGACGGUGCAAUCAAUUUGGAGGCUCCAAGGAAGUGGCGGCUCUUGAGAGAGAGAACGGGCCAUGGUGCCUUCCACGGAAUGCGCAUUAUCAUAUACGGUGAAUGUAUUGCACCACCUUUGGAUACUCUGAAGCGUGUUGUGAAGGCUGGUGACGGGACAAUAUUGGCAACUUGUCCUCCUUACACUCGAUUUCUCGACUCGGGGGUUGACUUUGCCAUUGUCAGCCCAGGCAUGCCACGGGUUGAUAUGUGGGUACAAGAGUUCUUGAAACAUGAGAUACCUUGCGUUGCAACAGAUUACUUGGUUGAGUAUGUGUGCAAACCUGGGUACCCACUUGAAAGACAUGUGCUGCACAAUACUCAUGCAUGGGCAGAAAAUUCGUUUGGGAGGCUGCAGAGGAGGGCAGAAGAGAUUGUCGAAGACGUUUUUGCACCUCAGGAUAGUUCUGGUAGUAGUGAUAUACCUUGCGUGGUUUGCGGAUCUGUAGAGAGAGGAGAGGUGAUGCUGAUAUGUGGCAACGAAAGUGGUUCUGUUGGCUGUGGGGUUGGUACUCAUAUGGACUGCUGCAAUCCGCCACUUGAGGAUGUUCCGGAGGGUGAUUGGCUUUGUCCAAAGUGUAGUCGGAGCAAAAACAGCACCAGCUCUUCCAAGAAAAGGAAAAAGGGUUAGAGCAAAUGAUUGUUCACUCAUCCCGGGUGCAAUUUAAUUUUGGUUUUGUAGAUUAAGUUAUGGAGUCUGUAGAUUGAUUAGCAAUGCAUUAUUGUCAAUUGCAUCCUUUUUUUUCCUUUUCCUUUUUUCUGUUUACAGUUGGAGCCUUAUUAUUAGUGACUUGUAUAGGGGGUGUUGAAAUUACAGUUUAAUUUCGGAGGUGUGAUUGUACGAUGGCUUGAUAUGAUGAAUGCACAAAAGUUGUUUGUGCAGAU